GGGCGUAACCAGGCUUCCAAGAUCCAAUCAUCUCGCCCCUCCCCUGAACACGCCGCAGGUCCAGAAGGCGGUAUGACAGUGGCCCGCGGUGACGGCUCCCCGGAGCGGCUCGGCGGCGCGCUCCGUCGGCUCCAUUACCGCGCCACGCGACGAGCUCACUCCGCGGCAGCCAGACAUCAUUCAUCAACCCCUAAGGUCGUUGUCAUGGGCAGCAGCACCACAUCAGAUAAGACCAUCAACACCAGCACCGAUUCAGCAGCCACCGCCCUCACCUCCGUUACCGGCACUGAUGAUUCCAUGGAUGCAGAACCCGACCUCAUCGACGCAGAUCCCCCUCAACAACCGCAAACUGAACCUCAACAGAACCCCCCAAGCACAGCUCCUCCCCAUUAUCACCGAGCGCAAAACAGCUGCGAGUUCGAUGCCCCCGCUUAUGCCAUCCCCCAAUCUGCGACAGACACGCUCGACUCUCCCAGACCUGGCCCUGGUAGAUUUAUCUUUGACGUUCCACUACCUGAUCCAAAAAAAAAUGAGAAACCUCGAAAUAAAAUUCAAGUGAGCCAAACAAACCAGGGCGGGCCGUCCACGUCCAUUCAAAUACCCUAUGAUCCAAAGGUUGACCCACCAAAGAGUCCAAAAUGCACUCAAGUGAAAUACGAAACGCACUUCGAUUUUGAACCUGAAGCAGUGAAGAGACGAGGCAGUGAGCCAAGGUUGAAGAAUAAGCAGAAAUUGGAUAAGCAGGAAUAUUAUAAGGACGAGGUUGCUAAAUUACGGAGGCAGUUGGAGGGAACAGAGGUAUUUACAGCGAGUCGGAGACGCUCGUCUACACACCAACAUUCUGUUCCACCGCCAUCUUCGAGAAGGCAGUCAACGGCAGCCCAAGUACAUGUAACUGCAAACCCAUUGGACUCCGCUUCAUCAAUGCCAGCUGGAAGAACUACGAUAGUAGUACAGCAACCUUCAUUGUCUUUGGACUACGGAGGCUGUUCUACUAUUCUUGUGAGGGACGGCGAAGAUGGCAGACGAACGAGCAGGGUUUGCAGUGACCACAUCCAGCAGCUCCUGGACGUCACCAGCCAAUUCACGUCUGAGGAUCUGCAUGAAUUUGACAAGAGGUACGGAAGCCCACACCAUUCUCGUUCUCAGUCUGUCAAAGCGCAAAGAUCCCGUACGGGAGAGAGACAGCUGCUAGGCCUGCCUCAGCAGCGCGCCAGAGUCGCAUCCAUGCCAAACACUGGCGUCGAAGAAGAAUAUUACAGACUAAGGCAUUUUAGUAUAACCGGUAAAGGAGUUGUCAACAGAGGAGAUUCAUUGCGUUCACGAAGAUCACGAUCCAAUACGUCAGUGGCGUCGAGCGCGUCCAGCACGGAGGCUGUCACAAGAGCGUCUGCGCCAUGCUCCUUAGCGUCUUCUAGGGAUUCAUCUGCUGGUCUCAGUACAUAUCGAGUACUGGUACUCGGAGGUCCAGGUGUGGGCAAGUCGAGCCUAGUUGGGCAGUUCAUGACGUCAGAAUAUCUUCAUGCUUAUGAUACUAGUAUUGAUGACGAAUCGGGAGAGAAGUCUGUAUGCGUGCUGCUCGCUGGAGAAGAAUCAGAGAUCACAUUCCUGGAUUCACCACCUGAUAAUGCAAUUUCGGAAGGAACAGCACACGGCUAUUGCGUGGUCUACUCAACAGCAGACCGGACAAGCUUUGCUGAAGCUGAAAGACGAUUACAAAUAUUAUGGGCAGCGGGACACACGGCGAGAAGAGCUGUCAUCCUUGUCGGAAACAAGGCUGACCUGGCAAGAUCUAGGGUGGUACCUACAGAUGAAGGAAAAGCGCUCGCGACGUCGUACGAAUGCAAGUUCAUUGAAACGUCAGUCGGCAUCAACCACAACGUGGACGAGCUGCUUGUUGGACUACUCACGCAAAUCAGGCUGAAACAGCAGCACGCUGAGCGAGUCAGAAAACGUAGCGGGUCUCGUAAGAACCGCAGUCGUGCGCGCUCGCCUUUGGAAGCGGAGGUGACGCCGGCGCCCGCACCUGCCUCCGCGGCCAGCACGCCCAGAAAACGCACGCGACUGUCAGCCAGUGUGAAGGUCCGUGGUCUUCUCGGGCGAGUCUGGGCACGUGACUCCAAGUCUAAGUCUUGUGAGAAUCUCCACGUGCUCUAGCACUCAGUCGCCGAGCCCGUCGCCUGCUUUCCAUUCUUCGACUGUGCCGCAAACUACGCCUAGAGUAUCCUUGAUCCCUACAUCAUUUAGCGUUAGCCCAACUCUGGGGUAGAGCGAGUCUCCAGUCACUCGGUAUUGGCAUCAUAAUCGUAGCAAAAUACCUUAAAAACAAAUAUACCUACGUCAUAUUCAAUAGAACUCAUUCGCUCUGAAUUCCUGUGUAUUCAAAGUUCAUAACAUCUGUUUGAUACUGUGCCACCCGCCUUAGGCGACUUCUCAUUUCGCUCUACCCCAGUACCGGCAGUUUUUCUAGCCGUAGCUUUUCCCUGUCUACGAAAAUCAUUUGGUUCCUCUCAAUGCGUAUCAGAAAUAUUGAGUUUUAAAAGUUCGUAGAUUGAUAUCAGAAAUAGUUAUUCCAAGUAAUUUGAUAUUGUGAAAAAAAACUGAAUUAAUUUAAAACUAAAAUAAAAAAAAAACAGAUUAAUUACAUUUAAAAAAGUAUUUUCUUUAUAUAAUUGGCGUAUCAAACUUGUACUAUUAAUUAUAUUAUUUUGAUGUACGGUCAGGAUCAAAAAACGCUUUUCGCUAAAAAAAACGCUUGCGGCAAAUUGACGGGCCGGCGACAUUGUCAUAUUGACAUUAAUAAAUAUUAAGAGAAAUUAACUUGUAUGUCAUAUAUUACGGUAUUUGUUCCGUAAGAAAUAUUUUGGAAUUUAAAUAUAAACGCAAUUUUUAUAAAUGUUACAAG